AUGACUUCGCGCGAAGAGUGGUUUCAGGCCAUUCACUCCCGGGAAUACAGCGUGGUAGCUACCUAUGCAAAGGGUUGCAGUGGCAUGCGGGACAACUAUGGAAAUACGGGACUAAUGUGUGCAGUACUUGAGAAUGACCCCCACAUGGUACAGCUGCUUGCAUCCUAUGAAGCAGGUAUGGUUUCCGCCACCGGCAGAACGGCUUUGUAUAUGGCCGUGGCAGCCGGACACGCAGAACUAUGCUACAUUCUUGCCUCUCGUGAGCGGCACAUUCUCACGGAGCAGAACAGGACUAUGCUGAUGGUGGCUGUCGAGAUGGGUAACAUCGAUACCGUUGUCGUGUUGCUGCCAUAUUUUGGAAACGAGAGAGACGUUGCUGGAUUCUCUGCUCUUGAUUUGGCUGUCUUAACCCAAGACACUGAUCUUCUUCAACUCUUACUGGAUGCGCAGAACCCCAAUGAACAUGAUCUAUCCAUAGCCCUUUCUAUUGCAAGAGAUAACUCCUAUACUAGCGUUAUUCAAAUCUUAGAACGGUAUGCACGGAACUCCUCUGCAGAAACAUGCAACAAUUGCAAGGCGUUGGCUGCCAAACUUGCUAUGCAAACAGAGCUUCUUGCUUACUUGAAUAGACUGGUGAACACGUUCUAUCAAACGCAGAGUCUGACUCAAAGAACCAUGCCAAAUCUUUCUUCUGUGUCCACAUCUGUAAUAGACGUACCCCUUGAGCCUUAUUCUUCACAGCAAGCUCUCGGUAGUCACUCACUGCAUACACAUCAGCCCCCAAGCUUCCAAUCGAACCCAGAGCAAUCCUUCAUGCCAACAGGACAGCCUACUAUUCAAUAUGAAGAUCCUACUCGUGCAUCUUCUAGUCUGACCCGCCCACCCCAACUGAAUUUGUCGCUCAACCCCUAUUACCAGUCUUAUGCACCUGCCACGCUCACGCAGCCGCAUCAGCACCCCACCCUUACACCUCUGGCUAACAGGUAUACUCAGUUUCAAGAACUCAAUGCCAACUUUCAACUUCUAAGUGCAGAAUAUAAUCAAUUGAAGGAGCGGCAAAAUGCAAGAAGCAAAUCCUUUGCUAUUCCUUCAUCGGUAAAUCAUAAUGUAUUCAGUCACAAAGAAAAAGGAGUCAUGGGUGGAAACGAUGACCCAGAAUAUGGUGACAGCACAGCUGUGCCUCCUGCGACUCCGGGGAGUACCAAGCGCAAAUCCGUAAGCAGAGCCUCUUCAAAAAGCAACAGAUUCUUCGGGAAACGUUACAUGGAGUUAGACAACACUCCUUCUUGGCCUGUAUUGCCUGACGAAGGAGCUGAAACUCCUCUUAAGACAUCCCCACUCCGCAAAACACCGAGUCAGCAGCAUCGACUGAUGCGCGAGGAAGAUCCACAGACUAGGGUAUUUCCAGUAACCCCAAUGGGACACUGGCAUGAUAGUCUUUCUGAUCUGAAAGAGGAUCUAGAUUCUAUACCACGUCUAUUGGAUGUUCCACCAAGCGAUGGUGAACAAGACUCCAGUAGCAGCAUUAGAGAUGUGAAAAAGAAUGUUUCCGGGGAGACAAACUUAAUGAGAGCAGCGCAAGAAAAUAACCUGGCUACUGCACGGAGAUUUCUUCAUACAGAGGCGAAGGCACGUCUUUUAGAUGGCACAACAGCCCUGAUGAUUGCAGCAAAGUUUAAUUCACGAGAGCUUGUACAUUUACUUUCUUCUGUAGAGGUGAGGAUGCAAGACAAUGAGGGUCGGACUGCACUCCAUCAUGCAGCUGAACAUGAUUCUCUAGACGCUUUCCAGAUUUUAUAUUAUCAGGAAAAGGAUCUGAAAAUGCAUUCCGGCCUGUCGAUUGAAGAUUUGGCCAAGCAGAAGAACGCAACCAAAGUACUCACCUAUUUGCUUGAAUUGAGACCUAAUCAGCUAACGCACUCCCCUCCACGCAACAAAGUGGAGACAGUAUCUGUCUUAUCGCAGAACAGCCUAGGAUCUAAGCCUGCACCAAAAUCGAGACAGAUACAAGAUAUAAUAAAUUUCUACAAAGCAGAGCAGAUGGCCAAUCAAAAGGCGAGCUCUGAGAAAACGCAAUUACUAUCUCAGACCAAGAGUAACAAGGAUGGAGGAAUCCCUCCGUCGGUAUCCCUUUCUGUUUACGAUGCACCUCCUUCUCCACAAGCCCCAAGACUGUCACCCGGUAAGUCUGAACCAGCUCACCCAAUUAUCAUCCCAGCACAGCCAAAGCAGAUCUUGGAAGAAGCGCCAGUUGUUACUAAUCACGAUACAGUUCCACAAUCUGAAAACACUGUUGCUACGGUAAUACCAACUAGUCCACGCAAGCCUCCGUAUAAACGGGUCUCUUCUACUCUAGUACUGACUAAAGAAAAUGCGACCACACCUCAUCACCACACUGAUCCCAGUAGUCAAAAUGUAUCGCAGGCAUUAAGCCAUCAGCCAGUUCGCGCUGGGAGCAAUUUGAAGCUUAGAUCUGUGUCUGCCACGCUGAAAAAUCCAGAAGACAAACCUUAUUCAGAUGAGAUCCUGUCUUCGAGCAAAAGGACAGAUGGAUUGACCAAAGAACGAGUUAAAGCGUCGCGUAGAUCUCGCUCCAACUCUGCGAACAUGAAGAGCCACUCUCCAUUGGCUACGGGCAAGUCGGAGCUCAUGAUUUGCGUGGAGAAUGAUGAAUUUGAAAUGGGAAAGAACCUCAUUGAACAACAGCACGGCCGUGGAGAUAGAAACGGAUGUACUGCAUUGAUGUACGCUGCAAAGCUCAAUCGGCCAAAUUUUGCCACUCUUUUAGUUAAGUAUGAAGCAGGUCUCGUUAACGAUGACGACCAGACCGCUUAUGAAAUUGCCAUGAGCCAUAGCAACUAUGCUGUGGCCGGAAUUAUUCGUCCCUACGAAAAGCAUCUCCAGAAAGGAAGCCCUGAACGCAAGCUAUCCCUUAAGAUAACCGACAGAGGGUCUCCGUCAUGCCCUGGCCCGGCCGAUGAGUCCGACUCUAUCUUUCAUGGUAUACCUUUGUCUACCAAUUCAUCUAUGAAUGAUGAAACCCCGCAAUUAACACAGAAACAGCACAGGAACACUACUUCUACUCAAGACCUGACUGUUGAGAUGCUCUUUACCCACCCUGUGCAACAGCCCUCUGCCCGCUACACGGAUACUUCACCGUGCACCAUUUCACCAACAGAUUCGCCCAUUAUGAGACCUCGCGGCAUGGCCAAUUCAACCCCACUGAUCGAGGCCGUCAAAAUGGGGGACCUCCCAGGUCUCAAACGGUAUCUUCAAGAGCAUUCUGGUUUCGUUGACGACUUGGGAAUGACUGCUCUUAUGUAUGCUGCUGAGAUGGGGAAUCAAGACAUGGUGAUGGUUCUCCGAGCAACAGAGGCGAAGAUCCGUCUCGCCAAGUACUCCUUGCGCACAUUCUAUGAGUUGAGCAACGGAACAGCUCUCAUGAUAGCAGCUGCAAAAGGUCACGACUCUUGUGUAAGAGCCCUUGUUCCAUACGAAGGUGGCCUUGCCGAUGAUGAGGGGCAUACAGCACUCAUGAUAGCCUCCAGGUAUGCACACACUAACAUGAUUAAGGAUCUCAUACCCAAGGAAGCAAGGUUUCUGGAUUCAAAUGGCCAAACGGCGCUCAUGAUUGCUGUUCAGAAUAACUCGGGAAAGUCUCAUCUAGAAGCCAUUAAGUUGUUGCGAGAAGCAGAAUUGAAGUGUGUAGACACUAGUGGUGUCACCGCGCUCAUAUGGGCGGCAUUUGCCGGUCAAGUUGAAGUUGCAGAACUUCUUACUGGUGAAGCGGGAAUGACUACAAAUAAGACCCAUGUCCACGGUGCUGGCUUUACUGCAUUAAUGGCUGCUGCUUAUGUUGGCUCGGGACCGAUCGUAGAGCUGUUAUUGCCAAUAGAAGGGAAGAUUGUUCAAGCUAAUGGGAAAACAGUUAAGGAUUGGGCGAAGUCAAAGAACAUCAGGGACAUGUUAGACAUGAUUUUGUAA